AUGCCGGAGUUUACGGCGCAGCAGAUCUUGCGACUCUGCACCCACUUCCACCGUGCCUUUCUGAAGAAGGACAAGGGCCGCCUGGUGCAGCUGGCCGAGGAGCUGCGGCAGAAGCGGCACCUGCUGCGGGCGGCCGAGGUGUCGAUGACUUUGAAUCAUUUCGCCCAGCUGCAGAUUUUGGACCAUGCGUUGUGGAACGCCUUUUCAGAGGCUCUGGUGGAGACCUAUUUAGAACCAGACUGCAAAGCAUUGGGACUGGCAGCCAACGCCUAUGCCCGCGCCAUGCUGCAGCACCCCGAAAGCCUGGAAUUCGUGGCGCGCCAGGUAGAAGCGCUGGCCCGACAGCGAGAGAUGGAAGUGCGCAAUGUGGCCAUGAUAGUGAAUGGCUUCUCGAAGCUUCGUUUGCGGGACGCCAAUAUGAUGACGGCCAUCAGCGAACAGUUGAUCUGCACGGCGCAUGAAUUGAACGCUGUCGACUUGGCUACUGUGGCCAAUGGCUAUGCACGUCUCUGGCUCCACGAGUCGACCGUCUUUGAUGCCAUGAAGGAGCCGAUGAUGAGGGCCAUGCCAGACUUCAGCGUUCAGAACCUGGCUAUGGUGGCGCAUGCCUACGGCCGUUUCUUUCGACGCGAGGAAGACCUCUUGGAGGCCAUUUCUUUGGAGUUGAAGAAGCGCUGUGACCAGGGGCAGGCGGUUCCAGCCGAGAACUUGGGAUCCAUCGUCCACGCCUUUGCCAGUCGCCUCAAGUUCUGCCCCGAUGGCCUUCUCCGAGUGGUGGAAUUUAGCUUGCCCCGUGUGGCCAAGCAAAUGGUGUUGCCGGACACCAUCCUCACCCUCGGUGCCUUGAAACAUAUGCCGCAGGAGAAGCUUCGCGCACCGGAGUUCAACCAAGCAGUCUUUGGACAUUGCCUGCGGCAGAUGCCCAAGCUGACAAGCAGCGGCAUCGUUUGCGUCAUGGAAGCUGCCAGCCACCUGCACUACGACAGAGCCGCCUUUUGGUCCCAGAUGUUCGCAGCAGGUCUCCAGUCACUGCGCUCAAAGGCCUGGGAAGUGCCACAGCUCACGCAGCUGGCGAUGCUGCUGGCGGAGCUACAAGGACGUCAAACGCUGGAUGAAGCCAUUUUGGAGGCGAUGUCUUCAGCUCUCCUGGCACCAGGUGUGUUGGACCAUGCCCCGUCGGAGCUUCUGCAAAAGCUGCUGGAAGCGGUGCAACAACUGCCACUGGCACCAUUGAAGGUAGUGAGGAGAGAUGGCUCCAGCUGGGGAAGCAACAGGUGCGCCGCUAGCUGCGGACAGCGCGGUUGCUUCGGCAGUUGUGAAGGAAGCACUGCACCAAACAGCGGCGAGUCGAGGAGUACCGACCAUCGUUUCGAGCAGAAAAAAACACGUUGGGAGUUUGAUGCCUUUAAGGCGGCUUCAGUUGGAAUUCUGGUCCUAUGGUUUCUGUCAGAGAUGAAUUCCAGGAAACAAAAAACACUCUAUCAAGCCUCAAGCAUGUUUGAUGAAGUGAACCAAGGUGUUAACCCUGAUUUCCUACGAUGCGAUUUCGGAGGUUCGCCAUGUGCCCUGGAGAAGAUUGACAUGGCUGCCCGGGACGAUCCCAAGUGUUGGUCAUCGACGGAGCUGGAUGAGACGAUUUUCGUUCCCUAUGAUGAAGACGUCAGCGAAGGUGCAGCGGUGUUCAACAAUGAAACUCUCAGGGAGAUGAUGAUCACGCAUAAGCGUGGCAGUGGGGUCUUUGCCUUGAUCAUGUUUCCAGUGUACUUCUUGGUGGCGACUCAACACCAGUUCCGCUUCAUCCAUACCUGCAUCUUUUGGAUCAUCCCUCUAACCAUGGCUGGCUUUUGGACACAACUCUGUGGCGCCAAAGGUUACAACUGCAACACCUACAUGUCCAACUCCUCCAAGAUGUUGUUGUGUCUGAUGAGCUUGUUGAAUUCCACCAUUUCCUGGUCCGGUGAGAGGAACAGUCGCCUGAGAUUCUUGGCGCAAAGAUCGGUGCAGAUCUCGCGACAACGCAUUGAUUCCAUCGCCAGCACCUUGAUGCCGCCGCUGGUGGUGGAGGAGCUGAGAUCCUUGCCGCUGACGGCGGAACUGCCUUCGCACAAGUACAAGAGGGCGACCAUCGCUCAAUCUGACUUGUGUGGCUUCACAAAGCUUGCCAGCCAGCGGAAACCAGAGGAAGUGGUUCAAUUCAUUGGGGAACUCUUCGGAAAGUUCGAAGUCCUGACAGACAAACACCAGGUCUACAAAGUGGAGACGGUGGGGGAUGCCUACAUCGCCGGACAGGCAGACCUUCCCCUGACGCAGAAGAACCAUCCAACCAGUGUGGUUCUGUUUGGUUUGGAAAUGGUCAGCGAAGUUCACAGCUGGUCCGCCCAGCGAGGUUGGAGCGUCAGCUGUCGAGUGGGUAUCGCGCACGGCGAGUGCAUCGGUGGCAUCGUCGGUACUGAGAUGCAAAGGUAUCAUCUCUUUGGCGAGUUGAUGUCCGAACUGGAGGUUCUAGAGUCCACAGCACCGGAAGGCUGCGUGCAGGUGAGCACUGCCUGUAAAGAGGUGGUCGAAGAUCAAAUGCGUGCUGAAAGUAUCCCAAGUAAACUGGUGAGUUUCGAUCAUCGCCACCUACCCCAUCUCAUGACGUCCAAAGGUGAUGUCAUUCCCUUAGAGAAGGCCGGCGGCGCCACGUACAUCGUGCGCAGCGACUCCAUCUUCCGAGGUUGGGUUGGCGCAUGA